AUGUCAUCCUCGGCGGAGAACUCUCCUUCCCCGGUCCCGGAGUCCUCCAAUGAGCCCACGCCGCAAUUAGACAUUCCUCCCAAUAUCUUACGGCUUCGCGCGGAGAUCUUCGCACUAGAGUCCCCGAUCACGGUUUCCGUGACCGAAUUUAAUCAAGCGUGGAAAUAUCUAGACAACAUAUACGUCCGGAACCAGGCUAGACACGGACAAAAGAAAACAACCACAUACUAUUGGUGUCGACUAUGGCGUACUAAAGCCUACGAGCCGAGCGUGUCGGAUGAACAGCGUAAACGGAAGCGGACCGUCCGCGAACCAAUUGGCUGUCCAUGUCGGAUCAGGAUUGUUAGUGAUGGCUAUUACAUGACGAUCACGCGAGGCAAGGAACCGCACAAUCAUGAUAUCUCUGCACUCGACUAUAAGCUCACCACCGCUGCUCGCGAGCUUGCGGCACAGGCGGUCGCAAAGGGCAGUAGACCUAGUUUGGUCGCGCGAGAACUGAAGAAGAGCGGCAUUGGCGGCCGUAUAACUUCCAAGGAUGCCUGGAACGCUGGUAAUGUCUGGGUUAGCCGGAAAGAAGGACGGCCUGCAUGGCAGAAACAUUACCCUAAAAAUUCCGUUAUGGAAGCAAUCGUGGCCAAUGAGCCCGGGCCUCCCGAGGUGCUACACCUCGAGAGUUAUCCCAGGCCUCCUUCAAAAGUCGGGGAAAUCCUAAUUGAAGUCAAAGCAUUUGGUCUUAGUCGGUCUGACAUCCUCGCCCGGCAAGGACAUUCAGGCGAUGCCAGUUUCCCACAAAUAAUGGGUCGGGAGGCUGUUGGCAUCGUGACAGCGGGUGAGGGUGCGCUCGCGCCCGGAACGAGAGUCGUUGCUAUGAUAAGGGAUUUACUUCCAGAUUACCCAGGUAGCUAUGCACAGUACACUCGUGUCCCAGUCACCCACGUUCGAAGAGUCCACCCACUAUGUAAGCUUUCUUGGGAACACCUCGCCGUCUUUUCAGAAAUGAUCCCGACCGCGUGGAAUGCCCUUUUUCGCGCUCUGCGUCUUCAUCCGGAUGAUCGCCUCCUGAUACGUGGCGGCACAACAGCCAUUGGUCUUGCAGCAGCAUGUAUCGCGAAGAGGCAUUGCUCCUUCAUAGCUUCCACCACCCGCCAGGAAUCCCGGAAGGAGCUUCUUGGAGGCGCGGGGGCUACUAAGAUUUUGAUUGAUGAUGGAUUCUUAUCACAACAGAUCAAGUCAGAGGGACUGGAGUUUACAAAGGUCCUAGAUCUCAUCGGUACAAAAACUAUAGCUGAUUCCUUACAAUGUGUAAGACCAUACGGAAUUGUUUGUCUGGCUGGAACGGUAGGCGGCGACUCAACUAUGUCGGACUUCAAUCCGAUGGAUGCUGUUCCUUCUACUGUAUCCUUUACAACAUAUAAGAGCACCGCAGAAGACUUCAAGAACUUUCCACUGGACAUGCUCUGUCACGAGGUUGAGACUGGCCACUUGACACUGCCGAAUAUACGAAUUUACUUCUCUAACCAGAUCGUUGAAGCACAUCGAAGCAUGGAAGAGAAUCGUACGGAAGGUAAAGUCGUGGUGCUUUGGUAA